AUGGAGGCAUAUAAGGAACUCGAGAAACUCAAUACGAAGAUCUACCGGUUCAGGCACAUGCUGAGCCUCGCAAUGUGGGAUGCCCGUGUCAUGAUGCCACCCAAAGGUGCUGAGGCUCGCGGCCUGGCUGUCGCCGAAGUAAAGAAACUGAUUCAUCAGCUGAUCACAGACCGAACGGUUGAAGAGCUGAUAAAGCGUGCGGAACAGGGAUUGAGUGAACUGGGUUCUGUUCAGCGUGGCAACCUGCGUGAGAUGCGCCGGGCAUGGGAACUGGAGAAUCUUCUCCCGGAAACGUUUAUCGAGAAGCGGGAAAGCCUCCUCGCAAAGGCACAGGUGGCAUGGAAAACGUGUCGUGCCGAAAACGACUUCGCCGGCUUUCUCCCGACGCUCAAGCAGCUGAUUGAGCUGUACCGGGAGGAGGGAAAACUCCGUGC